UAUAACUUUAUAUCUAUAUUUAGAUGAGACAGAGAAGGUUGAUUUCGGACAUAGACUGCAAAUCGUCAACCACCAAGCUCGCAGCAGUUAAGCUGCGGCAACGAAAGCACACCAGUCGAUACCUUAACGGAGCUCACUUUCCCCACACAAUUCCCCUCAUUUUCUCUCUCAAUUUCCCGAGAAAAUCUUUCUUCAAUCCUCCCACUCCCAAUUUGUAAACACCCAAGCAACCCUAACUUCCCAUCACACAGAUUCACAAUAAUCUACACCUCUCAAGGUCUGUACUCUGUACUCCCUCUCUCGCUUGGGGCUUAUAUCGAACAUCAAAGCUUCACACAGUCUCUCUCUCAAGAUAAUUGUUAGCUUUUGAAUGAGUGUAGACGUAGUAGUGGUUGAAGAUGCCUCCUCCAAGAAGGAAGAAAUGGACGGAGGCAGAAGAGAGAACCCUAAUUGACAAGUAUGGUGAGAUGGAUUGUGAUGGGUUCCUGGCAAAAAUGAAAACCCGAGAGAAAAAAUAUAGACCCAUUGCUUUGUAUGUGAAUUCUAUGCACCAUGUUCGCGAUCCAAUCGCUUAUCCGUGGCAAUGGAGUUGGAAGGAUGUGUCUACUAAAGUACAGAACAUGAGGCAUCAGUAUUCAUUGGUGAAGCAAAAGAUCAAGAAGCCUGAAUUGGUGGGUGAUUCGGGCAGAGAGGAGUUUGAUUGGGUCGAGGGCCUUACCCACUGGUCGAAUUUUCUUAGGUACAAGGAGGUGUUUGGGGAUGUCACUUCUGGUUUUAGUAGUAAUGACACGAUGGUGGUUGCUGCUGAUAAUCACGAAAAUGGCGGAGGCUUUGAUCAAAUUGGUCAUGGAAUGGAGAUUGUGCAAUUUGGGCAUCUGGGUCAUGGAGAAGAUGGUGAUUUUACGGCAGGAAUAGAUGGAGGUGACGAUGGGGUUAUAGGUUUAGAGUUUGAGUAUGAUGGAGAGGAAAGAGAGGAGAAUUACAAUGAUAAUAAUAAUCUUACGAAGGAGGAUGGAGACGAUGGUUUUGUAUAUGAAGAUAUUGAGCCAGCUGGGUCUGAUACAAGGAAAAAGAGGAAGGUGUUGAAGGGUUUGGAGAAGAAGGCAUGGGGUUUUCUCGCAAACCAGUUAGGGCGGUUGAGGGAAUUGGAAACUCGGUUUGAGCAACGUGAGGCAGAAAGAGAGCGAGAGAGGCAGAGGAGGGAGCAUCUCCAAUUAGAGUUUGAGCAGGAACGUGAACAGAAAUGGGAAGAGAGGGAAAAUGAGAGGGAGGAGAUGAGGAAAGCUAUGGAGAAGGUGAGGAGGCAGAGAUUUCGGGAAUGGGAAGCUAUAGAGAAAGAGAGUGAAGAGAGAGACAGAAAAAGAAAAGAGGAAGAGUUGAUUUAUGAGAAGGAAUGUGGGGAGAGGAUGAACCGGAGGAGGGCAGAAUGGAAAAAGAGGAUCGACGAGAUGUUGAGGCAACACCGGGCAGAAAUAGGCCAGAUCCAGACUCGGAUCCUUCAUGAACAACAGAACCUUAGUAAUCAGUUUCUUGGGAUUGUUUCACAGUGGACUGGACAUCCUACUGGGCUUUCUGAUCACACAGGAGCUAGCAAUCAUUAUCUUUCACAUAUGAUGCAGAACUUGCACCAUGUGAAUGGUAUUGUUCAUGGUGAUACGAGGGUUGAGGGAGAUAAUCAAGAUGACCAGUUCAUUGUUGAUUGAUGAUAUCAUUUCUGCGUCACUAAUUUCCUCCGGUGGCUAAAGUUCAUAGGCAGCCUGCGAGAAUGCGAUGAUGGGAACAAGUGUAAAGGUCAGAGAUUCGUUGAAUGUAUUUUAUUGUCCUUUCAAUUAUUUACUUCUUGUAAUAAUGUUAUAUGUUAUUUGACUUCUAGUUAUUUCUUAUGUUUCAUUUUUUGCUCGGUUAGUUUUACUUAGUCAAUAAGAGAUAUAGAUUUAUCUACUUCAAAA